UGUUUUAGUGCAGCACCAUACAACUCCCAGCUUGGUUAGGAGCGGAUUUUUUUCAUUUUGAAGUAAUUACUGUAAAACUGCAAUCUACAGUAGACUAGGAAAAAUCCAAGACAUUGGGUAUUGUGCCUGUUGCGACGUAGGCUAUGCAUUGGCAUGCAAUGUUAAGACGAAGCCUUUUAUGCCAUUGCCGCUAGGCUACUGUAUAGGACUGGUUAGUCAUGAGUCGGCGUGCGCUAAAACGUACUUAUUCAGAGUUGCCUGUUUGGAUUGUGGAGGAUCACAACGAUGUGGUGCGUCAUAUAUAUCGAGCCAUUGGUUCCAAGCACCUUCCUAUGGAAAAUGUAAAAAUGGUGCACCUUGAUUCACAUCCAGACCUGUUAAUUGCAGUGAACAUGCAGGCGGACACUGUGUUUGACAAGCAAGCUUUGUUGAGCGAGCUGAGCAUUGAAAACUGGAUCAUGCCAAUGGUCUACGCUGGGCAUAUAUCUCAUGUUGCCUGGUUACACCCAUAUUGGGCUCAGCAGAUCAGAGAGGGCGAGCAUUCUAUGUUUGUAGGCCGGGAUUCCUCUACAUCUACAAUCAGAGUGACGAGCACAGAUGACUACUUCCUGAGCGAUGCGCUGUAUGUCCCGCAUGGUCAGCUGGAAAACCCCAAGCCUCUUCACCUGAGCGUCAUCAGAGUGGACCCUGUCACACAACACCCCUGUGGCCAUGACGGUGACUCGGGGAAACCGUCUGCCAAACAGUUAAAAAUACACACCAGUGAGGAAAAUGGGGGCACUAAGACGGACCGUAAGGACACUUGCAACUCCACGUCAGAGCCACCUGGGGGCAGUGUUGCCUCUGAAAACAAGGCAGGCGCGCCUGAGAAAAGCUGUGACGCCAAUGAUGGCUCAACAGACAAAGUGGUGAAAAGCCUUAUGUCAAUGGUUGGCCAGUCUGAUGCGUAUAUCCUCGACAUUGACCUUGACUUUUUCUCCUGCAAAAAUCCCUUCAAGGAGUUGUACACGCAGGAAGAGUAUCUCCUUCUGCAAGAGCUGUAUGGUUUCAGAAAACCCAGCGAGAACCCUACUGAGGAGGAGCUGUGUGAUUGUGUGGACAGACGUACUCAUCAGCUGGAGGACCUGGAGGCCACCUUCGCUGACCUGCUGGAGGAUGACGGCCAGGAGGCGCUGGAGCGCUGGGCCGCCAACCCAGGAAUGAGCCCUUUAGUCCAUCUGGUGCGCAGCCUGAAGAAUAGGAUGGAAUCUCCUGAUUAUGAAAUGGUGCACCAGGCCGGCCUCACCUGUGACUUCUCGGAGCUGCCGCACCACAUCAGCACAGAGGAGGAGAUCCAGCAGCUGCUGCUUGCCGUCGAGCUCUUCCUGAAGCCCCUGCCCAAGCCCACCAUCGUCACCAUGUCCAGGUCCAGUUUGGAUGAAUACUGCCCAACAGACCAAGUAGACUCCAUCCAGAACAGGGUGCUGGGCAUACUGGAGAAACAGUAUGGGUCACUGGCAGUGUCUAAGGACUACGACACUGAGGCAGCUGGCAGCACUUCACAGACGUCUUGAGGCGGGGGAGCACACUCUUCACAUAUCUCUCUGAAGAUUAUCUUUGAUGAGGGCACCUUUUAUAGGUUUAUUUUUUCAAAGCAAAAACUUAUUUAACUUUGUAAGUCAUUUGGUGUAGCAUUGUGAUGCACCUACAGUAUUUUGUUUUUCUCAAUGUACGCAGUAUCUGGGUCUGCUUAUAAAAACAGAAGCCUGCCAUCAGGUGUACGGUAUCAUAAAACACGCGUGGGCUAUUUCCAAAUAACUCUCUCCAAUAAUAUGGAGCAAGAUGUGCACUGCACUUGAAAUGCUGCAAGCACUUCACUUUACUUAAAAGGUGCAGUUGGCAGGAUCUCUGUCGUCAUAUACAUUCUAAAUUUGGAAGUAAAUCAAAUAUCAAAAGAGCUUAAGCUGAAAACAUUCAUUCUGUAGAUGGCAAGAGUAUGAAAUGCUGACUUUUAGACAUGAUGUUAAAAAGUAUUGCCCUCCCCCACCCUGCACGAUGUUCACCAAACCCUGUCCCCUUUGUGGACGAAGUUGUUCAAGUAAAAGCGGAGGUCUGUUCAGCUUAACUGUAACCACUGUCUACCUUCAUUUUCGCUGUAAAUAAGACACAGAUAAAUGGAACAGAUGAAAUAUAAUUACUGUAUCUGUUGAGAAAUAACAGCCAUUUCAUUUACCCUCUGAUUAGUCAAGAACGUAGGGAGGGAGCACUUCCCAUGUUUUAAAUAGACUACAGGCUUAGGAGAAAGCUAAAGAUUUUUUUUUAGGCUUUUUGAUGUUCUACUUUUGGAUCCCAAUGUCUGCUUUAAUGCAUUAUCAGUGUGAUAACACUGUUGAUGGAUUUAAAUGCACACAGUCUGGGAAAACAUUUUUAUUUUUUUCUGUUCUUAAAUUCCCCUCUUAGUAGAACCAUUUGUGUGGUAUUACAUUGUGGAAGGGGAAAUGUUGACUACUAUGCCCCAGGGUUUUACUGUACUUACUGUAGCCUAUAUGCUACUACUGUUUAAAAUGGUUGAGAGCGUAGUAAGAAUCUGACACAGACACAAGUGUUGUACACUCCUUUUGUGUUUUUGACAUUUUAAUAAAACAUCCUGAGUUUA